AUGGUAAACACAUUUAUGUACGUGGCAUUUCCCGUCGCAGUUGUUCUCGGUAUAAUUAGAAAAUUAAGAGAAAUUUCAUGGGGCCGAUUUAAAGAUUAUUCAUCUUUGGACGGUAAAGUGUUUUUAAUAACUGGUUCUAACUCCGGUAUCGGUAAAGAAACUGCCAGAGAAUUAGCAAAACGAAAUGCUUGUGUUAUAAUGGCUUGCAGGGAUUUAAACAAUGCAAAUUUGGCCAUUAAUGAUAUAAGAAAAACAACAACUUCUGGAGAAUUAGUUCCUAUGCAUUUAGAUUUAGCUUCAUUUGCAUCAAUUAAAGAUUUUUCUGAGAAGGCUCUUGAAAAGUUUCCAAAAAUUGAUGUAUUAAUUAAUAAUGCUGGAGUUUAUUUUCCACUUUCACAAUCCCAAAAAACAAAAGAUGGCUUCGAAAUGAAUUUCGGAAUUAAUCAUUUGGGUCAUUUUCUUCUCACACAACUACUUAUAGAGAGAAUCAAAGAUUCUGCUCCAAGCAGGAUAGUAAUUGUAUCAUCGACUCUUCAUGAAAGUGGAGUACUCGAUUUAAACGAUUUAAACAUGACUAAAAAUAUGGAUUCUGUAAAGAAGUUGAGAAAUAAUCCUGCAUAUUGUGCUUCCAAACUUGCUAAUAUGUAUCACAGCAGAGAACUUGCUUCUAGACUUAAAAAUACUGGAGUGGAUGUUUAUGCUGUUUGUCCUGGCUUUACUUACACUGGAUUAUUCAGAUAUAGUGAUAUCAAAUGGUGGCAAUACAUUAUGUUUAUGCCUAUAGCAUUAUUAUUUUUAAGAACUUCUUGGCAGGGAGCUCAAACUGUAUUACUUUGUGCAUGUGAUAAAAGUUUAAAGGGAGUUUCUGGAAAUUUCUACAGAAAUUGUAAGGAAUACAAAUCGAAAACGAAUUUUGAUCCAAAAAUUCAAUCUGCUCUAUGGGAAAAAAGUGAAGAAUUGGUUAAUCUUAAAGUUAAAAUUAUUCAACAUCUUAAAAUUAUUAGAAUUUUCAAUACAUUUUCAAAUGUAUAUUCAAGUUCUGCCUUUUAA